CCCGGCCAUGGCGCCCCCGCCUCCGCGAAGCCCUCCGCGGCCGCCGCCCCCGCUGCUGCUGCUGCUGCUGCUGCUGAGCGCGACGCUGCUGGGCGCCCAGGCCCGCGCCGACCCCGCUCCGGGCGGCGCCGUCCCCGCGCAGAGCCGCCCGUGCGUGGACUGCCACGCGUUCGAGUUCAUGCAGCGCGCCCUGCAGGACCUGCGGAAGACGGCGUCCAGCCUGGACGCGCGGACCGAGACUCUCCUGCUGCAGGCCGAGCGCCGCGCCCUGUGUGCCUGCUGGCCCGCCGGCCGCUGAGGACGCGCUGAUCCCACAAUAAACACCCGAACCCGU